CACCCCAUUUCUUGUAAACGCCACCUUUACAAAUAAUUCAUCUGGGCAGAUGAACUGCCAGACCCGUUGGUAUAGUCUGCUUUCCAUACACUGGGUGAUUACAGUUCACUGUUCUCCGCUGUCGACAGCAAAACAUUCAAGAAUUAAGAUAUGGCGUCUCUCAGCAUGACAGAAGACCAGUUGCGCUGUUCCAUCUGCCUGGAUCUCUUCGUCCACCCUGUCUCCACUCCGUGUGGACACAACUUCUGCAAAUCUUGUAUCUCUGACUACUGGGAUAUCAGGGAAGCCAUCUGCCCUCUGUGUAAGGAGACGUUCAAGAAACGUCCUGACCUCCACGUCAACACAUUCAUUAACGAGAUAAUCAACCAGUUCAAAUCGGCACAGGAGGACAUUUCUCCACACACCAUUUUGCCAUUGAGAGAGCCAGAACAGGGGGAUGCUACAGAUGGAGGAGUGAACAGGAAGAUCCAGGCCAGACUGAAGAAGGUGGAGGAGAUCAAAUCCUCAGUGGAGAUCAGCAGAGCUAGUUCACAGAAAGACAUAGAGGAAAGUGAACAGGUCUUCACUGAGCUGUUGCGCUCCAUUGAGAGGAGCCAGGCUGACGUGGUCGGUGAGAUCCAGGAGAAACAGAGAGCUGUGGAGAAACAAGCUGAAUGUCUCAUCAAGGAGCUGGAACAGGAAGUAGCAGAUUUAGAGAGUGGAAAUAAUAAACAAGGGGAACUCCGUUCCACCCCACAACAGAUCUGUUCUGAGAGCAGUGCUAGCGGUGGUGGAAAAACCAUCUGGGGAAUUGUGUCCCAACUGGAAGAUACCUUCAGAGAGGAGAUGAAGAAAGUCAUGGAUAAAGGGUUGAAAUUGCUGAAGACUAAUGCAGUGAACGUGAUUCUGGACCCCGACACAGCUCAUCCUUUCCUUGUUCUGUCUGAGGAUGGGAAACAAGCCAGACACGUCAACCAUUGGAGGAUCCUGCCUUUCGACCUCAAGAGGUUCAAUACCAGUAUCAGCGUUCUUGGGAGGACAGGGUUCUCCUCCAGGAGAUUCUACUUCGAGGUGCAGGUCUCUGGGAAGACUGACUGGGGCCUAGGAGUGGCCAGGGAGUCCAUCGACAGGAAGGGGAAGGCACUCCCGACCCCUGCGAUUGGCUACUGGACCUUGUGGCUGACCAAUAGGUAUGAGUACAGUGCUGCAGAUGAUUCUGGCUCCAUCCUCCUCUCCCUGAGAGAGAAGCCCCAGAAGGUGGGGGUGUUUGUGGAUCACAAGGAAGGGCUGGUGUCUUUUUACGACCCGGAAGCCAAGGCUCAUAUCUAUUCCUUCACUGGGUGCUCCUUCAAUGAGAAACUUUUCCCCUUCCUGAACUCUAGUGUCAAUGACAAUGAUAAAAAUUCUGCCCCAUUUGUCAUUCUGCCUGUCAGUCAUAGAGGCUGACAGGCUGAUUGGUUAGAAAACAAGAUGGGAUGGGCCGCAUGUAUUUUGAUUGGUUCUGGUCUGUUGAGAACUCGGAUUCUUGACAUAGCCAAGGGAAGUAGGGCUGCCGCAACCCCUGAUAAAUUUAAUUGGUAUAUAGUGAAGUACAUUGUUAUCCUGUAUAAGAGUUAGACAAGAAUCAAAGAAUAAAGCCAUCUUUCUGUAGCACGUUUCCUCUAUUUGCCAUGAAAAUAAAUAUGAUUUUCUUUA